AUGCCUGCACCCGAGACACUCGAAGAAUUUUUCGAAAUGAACGACCCGGAAGAGGAACAAAUAGAUGCUGCCAGUUUACUUCCUCUGAUGCUGCAAGCUCAGGAUCUGGUCGCUAAGUUGGAGAGUAGGGUGAUGGAAUUGGAAAAUGACCUCGAGACCAUAAAUGAAGCGCACGAACAGGAGCGUGAUCAGUUACUUCAAGAAAUUGGUGAGAAGGAUGAGUGCAUUCACAGUUUAAAGACUAAGGCUAGUCGACUUGAAUUUGGUGCUCGAGAGGCGAUCAUUGUGCUUGCGAGAACGGUGGAAAUACUCAAAGCGCAAAAUCUCGAAGACGAUGAGGAUAGUGGUAAAGAUGAUGAUGACAACGCUACGGCCGUAGAAUCGACAGAUUUAGAGGGACAAUUCCUUGAUAGUAUCAAAUUAUGCUUAAACUACCUAAAGAGUUCUCAGACCAAUCAAACCAAUCAAAAGGUCUCCAAAGGAUACAAAAGACUUCCGCCCUCACCCUCACCACCAUUGCAAUCGAUCCCCGCACGGCGGGAUUCAAAAUUUCAAUCAUCUAGUGACGGUGAUUCAGAUCGGGAGGUUGAUAUAACGAUCCCCCAAAAGAGUGACGAAAACGAAGUUCAAUACGAUCACGAUCAAAACAACGAAGUCGAUGACAUACAAAAUCAAAGCAAUGAAACCGAUGACCAUCACCGUCAAUCGCGUAGGGGGUCUUUCAGCGGUAGUCAAAUUUCGCUGGACGAGAUACCGGAUCUCGAUGAAUAUGGAUUGGACGGCUCGGAGGACAUUGCUGAUUUUGCCAUGUCUGACGACGAGGACAAUCAAUUUAAAUAUCGUCCUCCGCCGAGGCGAGGAUCGAUAGACAGCGAAGAGGAUGAGGAGGAAAGGCGUAGGGCUAAUGCUUUUGUCAACGAUUUCCAUAAUGAUGUGGACAACGAUCAGAAAGGAGAAGAAACGGAACACGAAGAUGAUGAAACGGAUGAGGAUGUGAAUGUGGAUGAACAUCAUAAUAUUCACGAUCUUCUUCCUCCAUCCGGUCCCGUCCCCGACAUUUCACAUACCAAUCUUUGUCCCAAUUGUAACACGCUGCUCGCCCAAGUGGAUCAACACAUAGAAGAACGCGCGUACCUCAAACGGGAUCUUUCUGCUCUCGCUGUUUCCCUCACGGAGGAGCAAACCCUUCGCGCGCAAGUUCAAGCCAAUAAAGAAGCCCUGGAAUUGGAAAUUGAUGAAUGGAUAAAUGCCAUGUUCGAGAAAGUCAACCAGAUGGUAUUCGACGAAGCGAAUUCACGUGAAGAAUUGGAGUUGCUGAACAGAGAGACCAAGGGCAAGAUGGAGAAUGCGCUGAAAUCUUCGGGAAGCAGGCAAGAUCGGUUAAGGGAGUUGAAAUUAUUAUUGGUCCACUUGGACUCCACCAAACAAAGGCAGGCCGUGCCAACACAGAACGGUGCUCCUUUGGGCAGGAAUUCCGUCGUUCGACGGAGUUUGAUGUCGAACUCACCGAUUCACAGUCCUAGGUCAAGUAGGAUUUUUGGAAACUUUGGUCAUAUGUCACCGAGCAUAUUUUCGGGCAUCUCCGCUGAAGAUGUGGUCUUUGCUAAAAAUAAACGGAUUUACAUUGAUGGUGUUUUCUUUGAGGAAUUCCAAGAAUACGUAAAGUCUUUCUCCUCCACGCCAGCUCUAAAUAAUUCAGCCCCCACUCAUCCAUUCAUGAAACGAUGCAUGGCCAUGGACAUUCAGCCUUGCUUGUUCGAGGGGAGCAGUGGUUGGAAAUCUCCAUUUUACAAGAGAAGGUUACUGGACGCUAUAAUGAAGAAUCAGUGUGAAAUUCAGACGACGUUGCCCAGCACUGUGAACUCCAUUCAGAGCAAUACUAAUACCAGCCAAAUCAGUAACUCAACUUCAAACACGCGGCAUAGCAUCUACUUCGAGCAACCGCAAGCGCCGACGCUCAAAUGUGGUCUUUGCGGCCAUAUGAGAAGUUGCGAUUACCGCAUGCGCCUGUCCGGACCAGACGCUGCAGUGCCGCCGACAGCAACGAUGACCCCAUCAUCACGUUUCUCGGUUACCGGAAGCCCAGGCUGGAUUCCGUUGGAUCGAUUCUGUUUGCUCGCCAAUUCGCCAGUGUGGGGAAUGUACAAGCAAUGUCUCAAACAUCGCAGGAAGAUGAGUUUGGCGCGUGUCGGUGGCGUCAGCAUGCUCGACGACGAGGAAAAUUUUAACAACGAAUACUUGAAUUACCCGGAGGUGGAGGGAAUGGUUGUGAUUGUUCAUUAA